GAGCUGGGCGCGGGCGCCGGAGGAUCCCGGCUCUUCCGGCCGGCGCUGCGGCGGCGGCCCCGCCCUCUCGCCUGUUGGGUCGCCGGCCCGGCCCGUGAACGGCGCGCAGAAUGGGCAGGUGCUGCUUCUACACGGUGGGGACGCUGUCCCUGCUCCUGCUGGUGUCCAGCGUCACGCUGCUGGUGUCCCGGGUCUUCCAGAAGGCCGUGGACCAGAAGAUCGAGAAGAAUAUUGUGUUAAUGAAUGGUUCCGAGACAUUUGACUCUUGGAAGAAGCCCCCUCUGCCCGUGUACUGCCAGUUCUAUUUCUUCAAUGUCACCAAUCCAGAGGAGAUCCUCAGAGGGGAGACCCCUUGGCUGGAAGAAGUGGGGCCAUACACCUACAGGGAACUCAGAGACAAAGCAGAUAUUCAAUUUGGAGAUAAUGGAACAAUAUCUGCUGUUAGCAACAAGGCCUAUGUUUUUGAACGAAACCAAUCUGUUGGAGACCCUAAAACUGACUUAAUUAGAACAUUAAAUAUUCCUAUAUUGACCGCCAUGGAAUUGGCCCAGCUCCACAUAAUCCGGGAGCUUAUAGACGCCCUGUUGAAGGCCUACCGGCAGAAGCUCUUUGUGACGCACACUGUUGACGAACUGCUCUGGGGCUACAAAGAUGAGAUCUUGUCCCUCAUCCACAUUUUCAAACCUGAGAUCUCUCCCUAUUUUGGCCUGUUCUAUGGGAAAAAUGGGACUAACGAUGGAAACUAUGUCUUUCUAACUGGAGAAGACAAUUACCUUAACUUUUCAAAGAUUGUGGAAUGGAAUGGAAAAACGUCACUUGACUGGUGGACAACAGACAAAUGCAAUAUGAUUAAUGGAACUGAUGGAGAUUCUUUUCACCCGUUAAUAACUAGAGACGAAGUCCUUUAUGUCUUCCCAUCCGAUUUUUGCAGGUCAGUGUAUAUAACUUUCAGUGACUUUGAGAGUGUCCGGGGACUGCCUGCCCUUCGGUAUAAGGUGCCUGCAGAAAUAUUAGCCAAUACCUCAGACAACGCCGGCUUCUGCAUACCUAAAGGGAACUGCCUGGGCUCAGGAGUCUUGAAUGUCAGCAUCUGCAAGAAUGGUGCACCUAUUAUUAUGUCUUUCCCACACUUCUACCAAGCAGAUGAGAAGUUUGUUUCUGCCAUAGAAGGCAUGCAUCCAAAUAAGGAAUAUCAUGAGACGUUUGUGGACAUCAAUCCUUUGACUGGAGUUAUCCUAAGAGCAGCCAAGAGGUUCCAAAUCAACGUUUAUGUCAGAAAAUUAGACGACUUUAUUGAAACGGGAAACAUUAGAACCUUGGUUUUCCCAGUGAUGUACAUCAAUGAGAGUGUUCUCAUUGAUCAAGAGACUGCGAAUCGGCUGAAGUCGGUGAUUAACACUGCUUUGAUCAUCACCAACAUCCCCUACAUUGUCAUGGCGCUGGGCGUGUUCUUUGGUUUGGUCUUUACCUGGCUUGCAUGCAAAGGACAAGGAUCUUUGGAUGAGGGAACUGCAGAUGAAAGAGCACCCCUCAUACGAACCUAACGUGGCCUGAGCUUGGUGAAGGAACCGCGAGAGCUGGCCUGGCCUGGACCACGACGUGGGGAACUGUCCGCGUCCUCACUGGCUCACUGCCUGUUGUAGAGAAGAGGGCAGAAGACCCAGAGCUGGCAAGUGAUGAGAGCAUUCCGGCCGGAGGUUAAAUUACAACAGGCUGACAUGGUUGGCCAUUAGGCUUUAUAAAAUCCUGUGGUCCCUGACCACUUGUUUUGUUUUUCAUGUGUCUAGCAAGUAUUUAAUAAACUCUUGUAUAGUAAU